UCCGAUAAAUGCACCAAAGUCAACAGACCAGUCAUUUGUAGUGGCAAUAUGUGAGAUUCGAGUGUUUUUGCGUGUGAUGCUGCACUUAAAGAAAGAAUCUCCGUUGUUUCUAUCUAAACAAUUCUGUGUUAGUUAAUUUUUGAACUGAAAAACGGGUGUUUUUUAGUAGAGAGAGAGAGUGGGCAAUAUUUUGCUGAUGACCAAUUCGUGCCUCAAGGUACGCCAAACGCGCAAGUUGAAGAAUGGAUAUGAAAUUGUUCCUUGUUACUCUGAUGAUCGGCUGCACGACAGAUGCAUACAACAUAUUGAUCAUCCAGCCAGGACCCACUUUCAGCCAGCAGCAGCCUGCAUUGGGACUAGCCGAGAUUUUGGUCAAAAAAGGACAUAGCGUUUUCGCCGUCGCCUUAAAUGAGGUGCCGGAUUUAGGGAACAACUACACGUAUGUGGAUCUAUCCUUCUCGUACAAGUUCCAAGAGGGCGGUGUUGAUGCCAAGGCCAGUAAAGAUGCUGCUAAUGUGCAAAAACAAAUGACUUUGUGGGAAUUUACCGAUGUGGUUAACGCAGUGGCCGAAAUUCCUCCUCGUCAAUUCAGAAGCGAACACUUUCUGCACUUCCUGAGGAGAGUAAAAAAGGAGAAACUUCGCUUUGAUGUGGUCAUUGGUCAAUGGUAUUUCACACCUUUCGUAUGCGGGAUGGCACGCUAUCUGGCCUAUCCUGGACCAACACCUCCUCUGAUUUCCCUGUCGACGACGGCCAAAAACCUCUACAACGAAGAAGCCGCCGGCAGCCUGCCGCAUCCUUCCUUCGUCCCCUACGAAACUCCAUACACCGACCGAAUGUCCAUUUGGCAAAAAAUUCACAACUGGGUUAUUGCCCAGGUCUUGCUCCCCAGAUGGAAAGAUAUACUGGACGAGUCAGCGAGGCGGUUUUUCCAAGAGACUUAUGGUCAGGAGUUUGCUUCGGUGGUUGAUGGUUGUUGGGGCAACGUCAGUUUAAUGUUGAACACUGGAAACUUUUUACACUCAUAUCCACGCCCUCUGGCGCCGAAUGUUAUUGAGAUCGGGCCCUUACACAUACGAAAACCGAAAGUAUUGCCAAAAGUGUUACAGGACUGGUUGGAUGGCGCGGAGAAAGGUGUAAUUUACUUCAGCCUCGGCAGCAACAUGCGAAGUAAAUCACUGCCUCUGGAUAUCCGCGAGAAUCUUUUACGCGUUUUCAGCGAUCUACCGAGAGGCUAUAGAGUUUUGUGGAAAUGGGAGAUACCUGGCAAAAUUCCUGGGCAGUCUGACAACAUUUUUGCUCAGACCUGGAUACCACAGCAGAGUGUUCUAGCACACCCAAAAGUUAAAGUUUACGUGAUGCAAGGCGGCUUUCAAAGUUUCCAAGAGGCGGUCCACUAUGGGGUUCCAAUCGUUGGUAUACCAUGGUUCAUCGACCAAGAGGCCAACGUUGCUAAAAUAGUGGCGGCAGGAAUUGGUGUUCGUCUCAGGCCGCAGGAACUUCACUCGGAAGAUAAAAUUAAAGAGGCUAUCAACAAAGUACUGUUCGAUGAAAGUUUUGCGGAAAAUAUGAGGAAGCUGUCAACAAUGUCACAUGAAUUUACAUCUCAAACAGCGACGAAGGCAGUUUUCUGGAUCGAACACGUGGCCAAACACGGAGGGGCUCCACAUCUAAGGCCAUCAACUGCCGACGCCAACUAUUUUCAGUAUUUCUGCCUGGAUCUAAUAUCCGUUAUUUUAAUAACAGGCUUCACAGCCUCGUACAUUUUUGUUAAGGGUGCCAAAUUUGUAAUAUCAAUGCUCUCAUCAAAAUUAAAGUCAAAAAUGAAAAAAUCCUAAAUUUCUCUGGGAGGACCGAAAA